CACCUCCCCCUCCCCGCUCCCCGAUCCCCCGGCCCGGCCCCGGGGCGCAGGCGCCAUGGAGCGGCCGGCGCCCCUGGCCGUGCUGCCCUUCUCGGACCCGGCGCACGCGCUGAGCCUGCUGCGCGGCCUGAGCCAGCUGCGCGCCGAGCGCAAGUUCCUGGACGUGACGCUGGAGGCGGCGGGCGGGCGCGACUUCCCGGCGCACCGCGCCGUGCUGGCGGCCGCCAGCCCCUACUUCCGCGCCAUGUUCGCCGGGCAGCUGCGCGAGAGCCGCGCCGAGCGGGUGCGCCUGCACGGGGUGCCGCCCGACACGCUGCAGCUGCUGCUGGACUUCAGCUACACCGGCCGCGUGGCCGUCAGCGGCGACAACGCCGAGCCGCUGCUGCGCGCCGCCGACCUGCUGCAGUUCCCGGCCGUGAAGGAGGCGUGCGGCGCCUUCCUGCAGCAGCAGCUCGACCUGGCCAACUGCCUGGACAUGCAGGACUUCGCCGAGGCCUUCAGCUGCGCGGGGCUGGCGAGCGCGGCGCAGCGCUUCAUCCUGCGCCACGUGGGCGAGCUGGGCGCCGAGCAGCUGGAGCGGCUGCCGCUGGCGCGCCUGCUGCGCUACCUGCGCGACGACGGGCUGUGCGUGCCCAAGGAGGAGGCGGCCUUCCAGCUGGCGCUGCGCUGGGUGCGCGCCGACCCGCCGCGCCGCGCCGCGCACUGGCCGCAGCUGCUGGAGGCCGUGCGCCUGCCCUUCGUGCGCCGCUUCUACCUGCUGGCGCACGUGGAGGCCGAGCCGCUGCUGGCGCGCUGCCCGCCCUGCCUGCGCCUCCUGCGCGAGGCGCGCGACUUCCAGGCGGCGCGCUACGACCGCCACGACCGCGGGCCCUGCCCCCGCAUGCGCCCGCGCCCCUCCACCGGCCUCGCCGAGAUCCUCGUGCUCGUGGGCGGCUGCGACCAGGACUGCGACGAGCUGGUCACCGUGGACUGCUACAACCCGCAGACGGGCCAGUGGCGCUACCUGGCCGAGUUCCCCGACCACCUGGGCGGCGGCUACAGCAUCGUGGCGCUGGGCAACGACAUCUACGUGACGGGUGGGUCGGACGGCUCCCGGCUGUACGACUGCGUGUGGCGCUACAACUCGAGCGUGAACGAGUGGACGGAGGUGGCGCCCAUGCUCCGGGCCCGUGAGUACCACAGCUCCUCCGUGCUGGACGGGCUGCUGUACGUGGUGGCGGCGGACAGCACAGAGCGCUACGACCACGCCAGCGACUCCUGGGAGGCGCUGCGGCCCAUGACCUACCCCAUGGACAACUGCUCCACCACGGCCUGCCGCGGCCGCCUCUACGCCAUCGGCUCGCUGGCCGGCAAGGACACCAUGGUGAUGCAGUGCUACGACCCCGGCACGGACCUCUGGUCGCUGGUGGACUGCGGCCCGCUGCCGCCCUGGUCCUUCGCCCCCAAGACGGUGACGCUGAACGGACUCAUGUACUUCGUCAGGGAUGACUCUGCCGAGGUGGACGUGUAUAACCCCGGGAAGAACGACUGGGACAAGAUCCCGUCUAUGAAUCAGGUGCACGUGGGAGGCAGCCUGGCCGUCCUCGGCGGGAAGCUGUACGUCUCGGGCGGCUACGACAACACGUUUGAACUCUCGGACGUGGUGGAAGCCUACGACCCCGAGACGCGGGCCUGGAGCGUGGUGGGGCGGCUCCCGGAGCCCACCUUCUGGCACGGCAGCGUCAGCAUCUUCCGCCAGUUCAUGCCGCAGACGCCCUUGGGCGGGCGCGGCUUCGAGCUGGACGGCAGCGCGGGCGACGUGGACGUGGGCCAGCCGGAGCGCCCCCGCGAGCUGCACUAGCCCCGGCCGGCCCGGGGAGGGCCGCGAUGCAGGCACCCAGCGCCUCGGGGCGGCGACCCGCCUCCGAGCCUGAGGACAGGCUGGGCUCACCAGGUGGGACCCUCUGCAUCCAGACCCCGAGUCACAGCUGCGGGGUCAACGCCAUUGUGAACGGCCCUCCCUCGGCCCAGGAAGGACUGCCUCCUCAGGCCACCACCCCUGCCCCCCGCCUCCCCACUGCCACCCCCCACACCCACCUCCGGGGAGGAGAGCCACCGGGAUGAGUGGAGGGGUCAGGGUGCACUGGGGAUCAGGCAGGCGAUGGCUGUUCCCCGGAUGAAGGGGGUUGUGCACAAAAACAGUCCACAGGGCCAGGCCUCCCUGCGGCAGCUGAACUCAGACCCAGGGGCGCAGGGGAGUGGGGGAGCCCAGGGGGCCUGCUGAGUGUGCCCAUGCGCCUGGGCUGAGCCUGAUGGUGUCCCUGCCCGCCCACCCCACCAGCUGGCAUGUCCGCCCUCCACCCUGGCUCGGAGGCCUCCACGUUCGGACCCAGUGCAGUGGGGAAAAGCCUGCGGGUCCCAAGGUCAGGCUCCCACCGGGAGGUGCCUGUGGCCAGGAGCCCUGUCUCGGAGCUGCCCGGCUAGCGUGGCUUCGGGUUGGUUGCACGGUUUGAAAGGCAGUUUGGGCUGAAGAGGCGGCGGGAGCAGGGCUAGUAGUUACCUGUGAUCUGUUGCAGGCCUCUGCGGAGGGGUGGGGGUCCCAGGAGGUGGGCGCUCAGGGCAUGGUUCUCCGGGGGGGGGGGAGAGCGUUUCCGUGGAUUGGGCGGGCUUGUCCCUCGGGCCCCGGCGUAGCUCUGCCAGAGUUGGUCUCCCGUCCAGUGGGAAAGAAUGUACGUUCUCACCAGGAGAAGGGGUUCGUGGCGCCUCACAGAUGCCACUGAAGACCUCACGUGGCCAGUGGCCCCGGCUUUGGGAGGAAGCCUGUGGCCUCCGGGGCUGCUGGGCGGGCCCUGCUGCGUGUGGUCAUCGCCGAGGGUUAGACCUUGUGUCCAGACACCUGCUGGGCCACAGCUCACCACCAGCCCUUCCCACACCCUUGGCAUCCUUCCCACGGAGGGCGGGCAUGUAGGGGUCGGGAUCAGAAUGAGCCUUCAGACGUGUGCCCUGCCCUAGGGUCUCCCCGCCCUGGGGUUCAGGCUGGGAAGCCCCUACCACUUGCAGAUGAAUGUACUGACUUGGGGACAGAGGGCUGGACCAGCUCGGGGUGGGACUGUGUGUGGGGCACACCCUUUUAUCAGUCUCCAAGAUGAAUUAAGUUAUGAGCUCGGGUGGUAUUAAAUGCUGACCCAGCGUAUUCUGUAUUUAUGACUAGCCACCCUCCCCCUGGCACCCAGGCCGGCCCCGAGGGCGGGGGUGUGUGCGUAUUUAUUGUCUGUUCUGGAGGCAGAUGUCCCGUCCAGAAUGCUGUAAGGUUUUAGGGCGCCUUCGAUACUUUUUGAAAUAAAAAUGUUUCCUAUA